AUGAUAGGACAGUUUCAGUUCGCUGCUGCCCGCUCGUCACUGCACUCAAUGCGGCUCUUACCGGCUCUUCUACUUUUGGUAACCACCAUCGCUGCUGCCCCCAAUCAUCAUGGUAACUGGAACAAUAACUGAAAGCAGGAUCUAACAGUUUUGGUUACAGAAGUCGUCUCAGCCUUUCAUAACUUGCCAAACUUCUAUCCAGAACUGAAACACUCCGAAGCCAUCCACGUCAGAGCAAAACGCGCGGUGUUCGCUGCUCUCGGAAUUGCAAACACCUGCGAAGAUGGAUGGACAGGAGACGGAUGUAAAAACCCGGUGUGUGCGGAUCCUCGUCCAACUCCUGUGUCCGGUCAGACUGCUCUUAUCGAACUUCUGUUCCUUCAAGGAAGUUGCGGUGGAUCGUAAGCGCUAAUUAAUUUAGUUAAAUAAGAUUGAGUAUUUAGGUACUACAUUCCGGUGGAUUCUGACAGCAACAAGGCUUCCCAAACCAUUCAAAUCCACGUGUCGGCUGCUGGAGUCCCGUACGUCAACCUGACUGAUGCCAGAGGAAACCUCUACUCUGCAUCGUACACUUCGAAUGGAGACGGAUAUGCUCUGUCCGUGUUCCAAGACCUUCCAUCUGGAGGCUACUCCCUGUCCAUUGACAACCAGAAUGUUCCAACCACCGAAUGUAUCAUCGAAGUGAACGUAAGCACAUUUUUGCACAUUCGCCACAGUUUUAGUCACAUUUGUCACAGUCUAACACCUCGAAUUUUGCUCUGCUCUUAACGUCGUAACAAGAUCAAAAACUGAUAACCGUCAUUUUGCACUGCUUGCCUACAUUUUAUUAGUUCUUCAUAUCGAAAGGCAUGUUGAAAUGGGAAUGAAAACGUGGAAUUGAGAAAGACGAGCUCGUAAAAACGUUUCGAUCAUGAAACCUUGCAUGAAUGAGUCAAUGUUGAAAUGAAACUGUCACGUUACAGAGUGAUACUGUUCUGAAAGUUUCCGAAGGAUUCGUGAACUCACCCCAGUCGGAUGACACUCCGUACGGAGAAUCUGCUGUCGAUGGAGUUCCGAUGUAUGUGGUGACUCAUAUCGAGAGUGAGAGAGCCCCAGCCCGUAAGAACGCUUAGGAUAAUCGUUUUUACGUUAAUUUUGUUCAGAAGUUCAUUCGAUCACUAUCCGCCAAGGAAAUUCUCUGACUCCAGUCUACAGAGCAGCCCUCACUAGAAGGUUAGUGAAACGGACAUUUCUGAUAAUCCUCUUACCAAUUCUUAUCUCUUAUCAGUUCACAUUUUGCAGAUACCAAUGCGGCUACGAAUAUUAUGCUGGACAGUGGCAAUGUCAACUUGGAAACUCGUACUAUUACCAUGUAAGCAAGUCAUGUUUGAGAAAAAAUAGACAGAGAAGUUCAGGUCGAUGGAAUUGACUCAAAUGGAUUCAACUUUAGAAGAACUGGAAGAUUCUCUUGCAUGCGUACGUGAAACUUGUCAGAACUAUACUUUGAGAACUACUAUUUUUUAAGAACACCUCACCUCCCCGAAUCCGCCAACCACAACUGCCGCUCCUUUGACUAGUUGCUACAACAACGGAACUCUUUUGAAUGUGGUCAACCAGGGAGCGACUUGCUUCUGUCCUGAGCUGUUCACCGGAAGACAGUGCGAGAAGGUCAACUGUAUGAACGCUGGAUUCCCGGAUCCGGAUGGAAAUGAAUGUGUCUGUGCUGCCGGAUACCACGGAACUAACUGCCAGGACGUGACUUGCCCGUUGAACUGGGAGCCAUACCUCACUGAUUACAAGACUCUUGUCGUUAUCAUUCGUAAUACCAAUUCCAUGAACAACAAUCUUAAUGCCAUCUCGCAAGCCAUCUACAAGGAGGUAAACUUGAACCGAUUUGGUAGUGUCUAACAUAGUUUUUAGCUCACAAGCAACGAAAUCAACAGCUACGAGGUCUACAAGGGAUUCGUUCUUGUCAAGUUCGGAAACGGUGUCUACACCAACACCUACUACCCGUCCUAUGACCAAAACAAGUUCCUCACCGACAUCAACACAGCAGCUACAGCUGACGGACAGUGUUCUGAUGCUACUUUUGACUCCAUUGCAAGUGUUUUCACUGAGGUCGCAAUCUAUCAAAAGUCUCCAAUCUACCUGUUCACUGACGCGAUUGCUUCUGACGUUGAGAAGUGGCAGACUGUUAUUGAGAUGAACACUCGUCAGAAGUACCCGGUAAAAGAAAUAUAACACAGCGGCAGUUGGAAAGGGAACUUACAGAUCUACACCCAUUUCUUCGUUCAAAACAACUGCGCAUUCGAUGAAAUGAACGAUGGAUUCCAGGCGAUUGAAUACGCUUCUUAUUACAGUGGUGGACUCAUUCUCAGACCAACAACUGACUCUCUCCUACAAGUGAGAACAAAGCGGAAAAUUUUAUUAAGUCAAGUGUUUUUAGAUUUUCCAAAACGUCAUCAAGGCUACUGCUUACAAGAUGAACUCUGUUCUCAUCGAUGACCUCAGCAUUUGCUCCACUCCCACCAGAGUCUUCUUCGUUGACUCCUCAACUACCGAGCUCAUGAUUCUUGCCAUUGGACAGUCCCUGACCGUCUCUGUGACUGAUCCUAACGGACAAACGAACACUGCUUUGCAAAUCGUUAACAGUGGAACUACCCAACUCUACGAGAUUGCUAACCCAGUUGUCGGAGAGCACUUGAUCACUGUUGUUUCCUCUGAUGUUAGCGUCAAGCGACAAAACGCCAAAAUAAAAUUAGUGAAUUACAGAAGAACACUCCAUGCUCAUACCGUGUUCAAGCCCGCUCCGAGUACGAUCUGUUCAUUGGAACCAGUUCUGGAGUCAACGACGAUGCCAGUGACUCCGAGCCGGUCUUCGGACAAUCCGCUCACAUUGUUGCCCAACUCACUGGACUUAGAAACAAUGUCGCCGAUCCGUUCCGUCUUUUCUCCGAAGUCUCUGUGACCAGCAACGUAAACACUGACAACACCUACCAGAAGCCGAUGUACUACUCGAGCGGAAAGUACCGUGAUGGAUGUGGUUUCCACUUGUACUUUGGGGCUGCGGACUUCUGUGACUUCACGUCUCAACCAUUCUACGCCACCGUUUAUGCUGACGACGGAAGAGGUUUCACCAUUCAGAGAACGACCACCGGAUUCUGUUCUGGAGGUGAGAACUGGAAAGGGUCGGACGACAGAUUGGAAAAGCAUUUCUUCAGCGCCAACAACUCCAUUGCCUCCAAACACUUGCGUGAACGGCGGAGUGGCCGACCCUAAUAAUAAUGCGACCUGCAUUUGCCCGCCAGGAUUUGACGGUAGAUAGUGAGUUUGAGAACACCAUUAAAAUGAUUGACAUUCAUUUGAAAUCGUUUAGCUGCGAGAAUAUUCAGUGCGUGAAUGGAGGAACACCAAGAGGAGGACAGUGUGUUUGCCCAGUCGGAACUGCUGGAACGUUCUGCGAACAAUGUACGAUAUUACUUGAAAGUUGGAAUCUGAGGGGUUUACUUUUCAGACAUGUGCACCACCUUCAACAACAACCCAGAUGUCUCUUUCGACGGACAGUCGAUUGCGUUUGUCAUUUCUGCCAGAUCUACCAUGCAGAGUGCCGUUCAAAAGAUUGCUGACAACGUGCAAACUAUGACCAGAGAUAUGCAACAAGCAUCGGACAAGUGGAUCAACAAAUGGAUUUUGAUUGCGGCCAACUCCAACAGUAAGCGCUCAUCUGAAAAUUUGGAAUUCAUCCAUUAUUUCAGCAUCUUUCCUGCUUGUUAACUCCAACAAGGCGUACGAUUUUGUGCAAGGAGUCAUCGAUUUCAAUGGAAACUUCACUAACUACGCUGCUGACGAGACUUCUUGCCAGAUCCAGAUCGAGCAGGCCAUGCUCGGAGCCGCUCUCCUGUCUGAGAGACGUUCUUCCGUCUGGGUGUUCGCCGAUUCCGAUGGACCAAAUGACGCUUCUUACAUUCAACUGUACGACACUGCUCAGGAAUACCAGAUCUCGCUCAACCUUGUGGGAGUUGGAUCUUCCAUCUGCACUUCUGCUGAGAACAACGGACAGUUCCCGUAUUAUCUCAAAAGUUUGACGGAAAUUACUCUCGGAGAGAUUUACAUGACUGACAAACUGGACCAAAUUUUGCUUUUCAUCAUCAGCUUGUACAAGUCGGCGGUUUCCCACAGAUACUACAUCCCAGACUGUACCCAGGCUACUUCUUAUUACAUGCCAGUCGAUGGAUGGACUCAGUCCUUGACUCUUUCUGUCACUGGAACUGACCUUUACAAUGUGGAAGUCAUGUUCCCAGACGGUACCAAGGGACAAAAUUCUGACUACGAAUUGGUAGCUAUCAAUGAUCCUGAGCUCAAACUCAAUCAAUACGUUGCUGGUAUUGUAAUAAAAGUAACAUAGAGUCUUGAAACUGUCCUUUUUCAGCUUGUGAGGGACAGUUCUGGAAUCACCGACAACAGAAUUGCUUCGAGUUUCAGUCAGACAAGUACUCCUGGCUCGACACUUGGGAUAUCUGUCACGCCCAGAAGGCUUACUUGUUGCACAUUGACAACGACGAUACCAACAACUACGUCUAUAGUACGCUCAGGUUGACUGUUUUCAAAAAAAAACUCGUAAAUUACAGCCAACAUUCGUGGAUACCGUGUCUGGAUCGGACUUGCGUUCAACAACGGACAAUGGUAUUGGGAUGUUCCAGACACCAAUGUUGCACAGCCACUGGUACUUAUUUUUAGUUUCUUUUCAUUUGGACCUUGCUCAAUUUUAGACUGGCUACACUAACUGGGCCGAUGGAGUUGAUCCGACUAACCCAGCUUUCAAUCACGCCGUCAUGAACGCUAACGGAAAAUGGGAGCCUGCUGAUCCAUCCGAGCAGAACUUUGCCGCUUGCAUGAAACACAGAUACGGACAAGGAUACUAUCCAGGAGAGAGCGUCAGUAUGUAAAAUCUUCGAUAGGCUAGUUUUGAGAUUGCUUUUGUAGACAUUGUACCAGCCGGACUCUGGAAGGUCACCGUUCAAUCGAACAGUGGAAGCUGUGAGAUUCAAGCCCGUUCUCAAUCCGAUAUCCAAGUGUUCUUCGGAUUUGUGACCAACCCACGCAGUGAUACUCCAAACAACUAUGCUAACAUCAACUCCAGUGAGUGACAUCUGGAAUCUACAAUCGACAAAGUCUGUUUCUUUCAGACACCAACUACCUCAUCGCUUAUCCAACUGGAGUGGACCCGUACACCCCUGAUACCAAGCCAUCUAUGGAAGGAAAGUUGAACUACGCCGUUCUGAUCAGCAACAGAACCAUCACCGCCUCUUUGCCACUCGGAAACCGCGUGUGUACCUAUGCAACCAUUUCGUCUCCAUUCUCGUGCCCUGACAACGAUGGAUCUAUCUCUGAUCUGGGAAUCAAGGUUUGGACUGUGAAAUCUUAAAUAGAUCGACUUGAUCUUUUAUUUUCCAGUUUACUGGUAUUGACCAGUACGGCUAUGCGUUCGAGCGCUACGCCGACGCUCUCUGUACCAAGACUGUCACCAACUGCGCCAACGGAGGAUUCAUCGACAACGGAGUUUGCAUCUGCAGAGCCGGAUGGGUUGGAACGACGUGCAGCACUCCAGUCUGCCAGAACGGAGGAAUCGAGAAGAACGGAGCCUGCGAUUGUUCUUCCGUUCCGCAGUUCACUGGACAGUUCUGCGAGCUGGGUACUCAUAUCAACUGUGAGAACAUACUUUGAUAUUUGUUUCAGCUCACUGUGAACCACCAUACCCAACUACUUUCAACGAUAAGGAGAGAACCUUGGCAAUCGUUUUGGAAACUUCGUACAACAUGGGAUCCUCCAUCUACCAGUUGAAGAGAAACCUGAAGGCUUCUCUCGACAGCAUCAACAACGACCCAACUCUUCAAGGAUGGUUCACCAACUUUGUGCUCUAUCCAUUCGACUCCAGUAAGAAUAGCAUGUAAAACUAUGUCUAAUUUAUUCAAUCGAUUCCAGUUGCUAACCAAAACUACUGGUACCAGCCAACCAUCUCGCGUAACUCGGACGAUAUUGUCGCUGCCGUCAAAAACAUCAGUACCAUGUCUUGCCCAGGACCAGACCCAUGCUCUUCUCGUUUGUCAAAUCAAUUUCUAAGUGUAUUCAUGUUUCGAUUUCAGAGUGCCCUCGUCCAAUCGUCGAUACCCUCAAAAACGUACUUAGUUUGGACGCUGUUGCAGCACCAAACUCUGUGAUUCUUGUCAUUACCAGAUCGUCUCCAGAAGACUACCUUCAAGUUGGACAAAUAGCCCAGCAGCUCCAGGAUACCAAGGCCUACGUACGCCUAGUUUAUUUUUAACGUGCAUACCAUAUUUUUGCAGAUCAAUUUCGUGUUCCCAGCCAUCGACUCGCCAUGUGGGCAGGGAUGGAACACUCCGAACGUCGAUGCUCUUUUCCAAAUCAUCAGUUACUCUCAAGGAAAUACAUUCACCGUACGUUAAUGUCAUUGAGGUCUCAUUAUGACUGACAAAAAUUCAGAUGAAUGCUGUUGAGCUGUCGAAGAACUUCCUCACUCAAUACAUUCCAACUUUGUACUCUUCCGGAGGAAUCGCUGCUUCUAGUGGACAGUGUGACAACGAUGAGAUCAUCUUCCAAGUCAGACAAAAAAUAACUGUCAGUGAUUCUAACUGUUUGAGUGGUUUGCAGGUUGAACACGAGAUGUACGAGUUCUCCAUUGAUUUCUACCAUCCGCUUCAGGAGAAUAUCAGGGUCUAUGAUCCAUCCGGAGACCAACUCGUCGUUCCGGAUAGCAUCAUCAAUUCUGACAGCAACUACAUCGGAAUCUUCCCAGUCAACGAGACCGGUGCCACUCGCGCUGGAACCUACAGAAUUGUUCUUUCGGGAACUGGAGGAAACAACUGCUUUGCUACUGUCAGAGGAAGAUCGAACCUUGAGGUAGAACAAGACUUGAAUACAUAAAAUACACACAUUUUCAGAUCUUCCUCGGCUUUGUUGACUCUUCAACUGAUGGAACCAACGGAGCUACAAAUGACGCUGCUCACCACGCUCCAGUCAAUCGUACGGAAUAAUACUGCAUGAAAUUUUAAUCUGAUCAAUUUCAGUUGAGAACAACACCAUCGUUGUUCACGCGACCGGACUCGGAGACGGAGUAGUGAGAUAUGUUCAGGUUGUGAUGCCAGGAUUUGGAUUGAUGCACACCACCGAGAUGAAGAAACGUGAUACGGCUUGCAGUUAUGAGUGGUACGCCACUACUCCGUUUUCCUUCGAUUACGACGUAAGUUCAAGGAUUGUCAAUACGAAAAUGUAUUUAUUCUUUUCAGCAUUACUACGUGAUUGUCUACGGAAGCAGUGAGUUCGGAAGCAACUGGAAGAGAAACUUCUACGUCAGUACUGUCGGUCAACGCCCACCCCUCCCACCUCCGCCAGCAACUUGCGAUCUUAACACUGUCAAACAGGAUACCCUUUUCCUUAUUGAUAGCUCGUUGAAGGACUCCAAUGUCACUUUCACUAUUGUAAAUUUGACAACGCCACAGCUGUUUCUUUUUAAAUGUAUUUUUUCAGCUGAAGCAGUUCGCCGUGCAAGUUGUGCAGCCGUUCAACUACGUAAACGGACUCGCUCAAGUCGCUGCUCUUUCUGUCGCCGACAAGGCGUAUGGUGGAUUCUCGUUCAAUGCCGGAGAGAACUCGUUUGACCGUGUCUCUGGACUUUUGUAUGGAAUGCCAUACAUCGGUGUUGAUGGACAGAACGUCACUGCGUAAGAGUAAACAACCAGUUUAGGUUAUUAGUGCCUAGUUUCAGUGGACUCCAAUAUGUGCUCGAUUAUUACGAUCAGCCAUCGCAAGGAUACAGAACCGACGCCGAUGUCAGACAUCUUCUUGUCUACGUCACUCAGACCAAGUACUGAAAACCCGUGCAAUCAAUCAAUCAUAGCAUUUUGUUUCAGUCCAACUGAUGCGGAUCCGUCUUCCCUCGUUCAAUCGAUAAAACGUUCCGGACUUUACGAAAUCGUGGUUAUUGCUCUGGACAUGCAACCGUCGGACAAAUUGAACAACAUGGUCAGCAGCAGAUGCUUCUAUUACGCGGAGGACUUCCAUGCCUUGAUGAACUACGGAGUCAACUUUGUUCAGGGACAAUCUUGCAUGUAAGUUUACAAUGCGGAGUUUUAAAAUUUUGGUCCUUUUCAGGCGUUUCAACUUCUGCAACUACUGA